AUGCACACUGCGCGGACAGGCCGUUCGACUCGUCGGCCACUCCCCCCGUCCCCGUCGCGUGACUCUCUCCGAUCGCCAUUCUGUUCUCUCUCCUCUGCGUCGUCGCUUUCGCCGCUUUUCGUCGUCGCUCGCUCUUUCUCGCCAGCAGCGAUGGGUCGCAAGAAGAAGUUUGUGGACAAGAAGAAUGCGGCGUCGUUCACGCUCAUGUACCGCGAGUCGAACGACCCCGACGCGCCCGGCGAGCGCGUCUUCGUGCGCACGGACGCCGGCAGCAACCACGUGCCGGGAUUCUCGGACGACUACCAGCCGCCGAUCCCGGAAAACGCGGAGGAUUACAGCGGCGAGGAAUGGGAAGAGGAGGAGGAAGAGGAGGAGGGGGGGGAAGGGGAGGGGGAGGGGCGAAGCGUCGCCGGGAGCAGGAGGUCCCGAGCGCAAUCGCACGCCGUCGCUCGCGCGACUGAUGGCGACGACGCGGCGUCUGUCGGAGGACGAUCGCGCGCGAGCACGAUGCGCGGUGGGGGGAGAGGGCGCGACUUAUGGGCGGGCCUGGGGUUGGGCAGGCCGCCCGGGUGGGAUGGCGGGAGCGUGAUGGGAGGAGGGAGCGUGGCCGGCGGCCAGGGCAAGAAGAAACUUUCCGAGAGCGCUCGGCGCGAAAUUAUCGAAUUAGGGUUACCCGACGACGGUUACGACUACACGCAGCACCUUCGCGUGAUCGGGCAGACGAGGACGUUCGCGUCGUUUGUUCCCGCCGAGGCUCCCCCGGCCGCACUGCCCGACGACGUGAAGAUCUAUAAAGCCACGCGCCUUACCGUACGGCCAGACACGUCAGCUGCCACGACAGCAGCCGCCGACGCUCCGGUUGCUGACCUGGAGGUCGUGGCUAAGAUCUCCUCCGUCAUCAAGGAGAUUCGGCCGAAGCGCGGAUUCGCAGCAGCCGCGCCACCCUCUCGCGCAGUUCAAAGCGCAGCGGCGGCUUCCGCGGGAGCGCAAGCGGGGGAAGCAGCUGGCGGAGAGGGCAGCGCAAAUUACCUGGGUGUCUCAGGGCUCGAUCCGGAGGUUUUAGCGCUGCUAGAAGGGGACGGCGGAGAGGUGGAAGCGGGGGAGGGGGAGGAGGGGGAAGAGGUUUACGGGGAGCUUGAAGAUGACUUUGGGGACGGGGAGGAGGCGCGGCGGAGGGCGGAGGAGGAGGCUAAGAGCCGCGCUCAGGCGGAGGAGAAUUUGAGAGCGCUGGAAGAACAUGUGAUGCUGCUCGCUGAGCGGGAAUACGCGGAUGCUGACGUGGACGACUUCUCCGAUGACGAGGACGGGGACCACCGGGGCGGCGGAGGGGCAGCUGGGCAUGCGGAUAUCUCCAUGUUCAGCAACGUGCUGGACGACUUCCUGGAAGCUUCCCGGCGGGAGAGCCUGCUGGAGCUGCGGAAGGGGGGCGCGGUUGUGCGGAUGGGAAAGGGGGAGGGCGGGGGGAAGGGGGAGAGCGGGGGAAAAGGGGAGGGCGGGGGGAAGGGGGAAAGCGGGGGAAAAGGGGAGGGCGCGGAAAAUGGGGAAAGCGGGAGGAAAGGGGAGAGUGGCGGAACAAAGGAGGGGGGGGAAAUGAAGAGUAAAGAGGAUGGGGAGGAGGAAGAGGUGGAAUAUGUAUCGGAGGAGGAGGAGGAGAGGGAGAGGGGCAAGUGGGACUGCGAGUCGAUAGUCUCGACCUACUCUAACCUUGACAACCAUCCUGCACGAAUCUCCGCCCCUUCCAAUUCCCGCAGAAAGGGGAGCAGGGCGGGAGAGGCAGCGGCAGGAGGAGGGGGGGGUGUAGGGGGAGGUGGUGGGAGGAUUGGGGUGGAGGAGAUUAGACUGAAGGGGAAAGCGCAGCUGCCUGCAGGGUUUGUGCCGGGGAGAGUGGGGAGAGAGGGGAGGGACGGGGAGGAGGGGAGAGGGAGUGGGAAGGGGGGUGGGUUGCAGGGGAUUGGGGAGGAUGAGGAGGGGGUGGGGGAGGGAGGAGGGGGUGUUGUGUUUGUGCGGCCGAGAGGGAAGGAGAAGGAGACGCCUGAAGAGAAGAAAGCACGCAAGGAGGCAGUGAAGGCUCAGAAGCGGGCAGCAAGGGAGGCAAAGAAGCAGACAAAAGAGAUGUACAAAGUGGAGGGCAAGAAGGCUCAAAGGGGGGCGGCUUCUACUGUAGCACAGGGGAUACAUCUACUGUAG